AAAUAUUAUCCAUUUGUUCACCGUUCACUCUGCGACACACACACAACUAUGGAGCUCACAACCUUGGCCAGCUGGUUAACGCCGACGACUCUCUUCCUCCUCCUCAACUUCACCAUUGGCACCAUUUUCUUCACCAACAAGUUAGGUUCCGGUUCCAAGAAACACCAACCUCAUCAAGAUGGGUUCGGUCCAGGUCAUAACCAUGAUAAUGCGCAGUUAGGCAGACCUCCCUCGUUCGUAGACAGAGUCAAGUCCAUCAACUUCAGUCUCUACAACUCUCCUUCCCAUGAAUCCGAGAUCCACUUCAACGGGUCGGAUUCUAACCCGAGCCCGCCUCGGUCUCUCCUGCAACGGGUCAGAUCCUUCAACAUGCCUUCCUUCAAGUUCCCGCAACACAAUUCAGAAGGAGACUACGCUGCCUACGCACUGACGACCCCACCCGAAGAUACGAACCGGGUCGACCCGGUUGUCAAGAGCCCGGAAGAUGAAGUUAACGUACCGACACAACCUAGACCCGGAGGUCCGUCUCUCUUGCAGCGGGUAAAGUCCAUCAAGCUCCCUUCAUUGUAUAGAUCAGAGCCAGAACAGAGCUCAGAAGAGCCAAAGCCGGAGAGGACGAAGUCGGAGUCGAGUAAGCCGGCGAUGAAGAGUAAGAAGAAGAAGAAGACGGUGAAGAAGAUGACGAAAUCUGCUAGCGAGAAAGUCGGCGUUGGCCGGGAGGAGGAGACGGUUGAGGCAGUGGAGAAGAGACGCCCGGAGACGACAAGAGUCGAGAGGACGACGUCGAUCGAUGAAGGAGAAGAAGGUGUCGACGAUAAAGCCUCUGAUUUCAUCAACAAGUUUAAGCAGCAGCUGAAACUACAGAGGCUGGAUUCCUUUCUCAGGUACAGAGAGAUGCUCAAGAACAACUGAUCCGAAAUUUACUGUUUUACCCUUUGUCGGAAUGGAAUUUACUUUGGUUAAAAAGGGAAAUACCCUUGUCUGAAGGGCUUUUUGGUCAUUUUGUAACAUAUUGCUUGUCUUUAGAUUUGGUGAUGAGUGCUCACAAACUAGUUGUGUCGUGUUCGUAAUUUCUAGAUCUGGCUUCUACUGCACUUUUUUACUUUUACGUUUUAGGUCGGCACUGCGUUAAAAGGUGAUCCUAAUAUUAUAUUUUUCUUUAAAUCAA